GACGUAUUCGUCGCGACGUGCAGCUCCGGCAGACGACGCUAACGGCGGAGCGCACCCUUCAGUCAGGCCAAGAGAGAGUUUUGCCGUGAACAUCAAGGCAGUGGUUGCGGCGCGUGCAAUCGGAGCUGGACACAAUCAACUUGUCAGAUUUUGUGCAGUUCUUGGUUUGCCAAAACCGAUCCACCAUAAGUCGUUCACCGCCAUAACAAAAAAAGUACACCUCGCUGCUACGAAAGCAGUGGCUGAAAACCUGAAGUUGGCUCGGAAAGUAACAGCACAGGAAGCGGGAUCUGCCAAUGUAGCUGUUAUGUUUGAUGUCACUUGGCAGAAACGAGGCCACAAGAGCCAUAAUGGCAUAGGCACAGCCAUUUCUGUGGAAACGGGGCUUUGCCUAGACUUUGAAGUUUUGUCCAACUACUGCCAGAGUUGCAGUACACGCAAGCCAUUUGAAAGCGAAGAGGAGGAAGAAAUAUGGCAAGCUUUUCAUAUGCCAGUGUGCGAAAAAAAUGUAGAUUGCUCAGCACACACCAUGGAGACUAAUGCUGCUGAGAGAAUAUGGAAGAGGACCGAGUCCUACAGUACUCUGCUGAGGUUUACAACCUUUCUCAGCGAUGGCGACAGCAAGGCUUAUACAGCUGUGUCAGCGGCAAACGUGUAUGGAAGUGUGCCCAUCACAAAAGAAGACUGCACCAACCACGUAGCCAAGCGGCUUGGGACUGCCCUGCGGAAACUCAAAAUGCCGCGAGGGGAGAAGCUUACAGAUGCAGUAAUUCUGAAGCUGCGGAGCUACUUUCAAGUAGCCAUCACUGCCAACAGAGGAAGUGUACAUGGAAUGUAUUGUGCAAUCUGGGCAUCAUUUUUCCAUUCAUGCUCAACAGAUACAGCGCAGAACCAUAAGUUUUGUCCGGAUGGAAAGGACUCCUGGUGCAAGUUCAAGCGGGCAGAAGCGUUGGGUCAGGCAGCCCCAGCACACACCCCUAUUCUCAGAAGCAGCCAGGCCAAGACAAUGCUGCCCACAUACAAAAGGCUGAUGGAGAAACAGCUACUCACUCGCUGUGCCAAGGGGAAAACUCAAAAUGGAGCCGAAUCAUUGAACAGUAAGAUUUGGCUGUUGUGCCCCAAGACGAGGUUUGCCUCGCGCACAGUCGUGGAGAUGGCAACAGCACUCGCUGUCCUGUGGUUUAACCAAGGUCACAAAUGCUACGAACAAGUUCUGCAGGAACUAGGAGUGCUUCCCUCAAAGGAACUCGUUGCGCUGAGCAAAGACUGUGACAAGAGAAGGAUUUCGAGCAUGUCGACGAAGCAGACAGCAGAGGCAAGGUUUCGCCGUCACCGUCUAGCCAAGGAGGCUCGUCUGGAGCACGCUGCUCACAAAGACUCUGAGCGAACAACAUACGGUGCGGGUGAAUUCUAAUGUUUUGGAUUGAAUCUGGAUACCCUGGCCUACAUUGUGUGCAAUGUUCAUAUAGGUACCACUUCUACAACAGAAGUAAACAACUUUUAUAACUUUCAAUCGCAUUUUUCUCAACUUCAUAUUUUGGGCCAAACAAGG